UCUAACGCUCAUCUAUGGCCCCCGAAUUUAUUGUUACCGACUCCCUUUCAUAGGUAUUAUCAUACAGAAAGAUUCAUUUGGAAAAGUCCUUUGUUGUUCCCUGUAAAUUUCAUCUAAUUUUCUCCUUCCUCAUGCUCAUUGUUUCUACUUUGUUUCUAAGGUAUUGAGCGAUCUAUUUUCUGAUUUUGAACACUACAUCCACAUAUUUUUUUCUUCUCAUAAAUCGUCAUGUCGUCAUUACCUUCGACUUCCUCAUCAAUUUCCAGAAAGAAAUACGAUGUUUUCUUGAGUUUUAGAGGUGAAGAUACCCGCAAGAACUUUACGGAUCAUCUCUACGAUGCUCUAAAAAGAAGUGGGAUCAUCACUUUCAGGGAUGAUCCAAAGCUGGAGACCGGCGAAGAGAUCGCACCAGAACUCUUGAAAGCAAUCCAGCAGUCAUGGUGCUCGGUAAUCAUUUUUUCGGAAACCUAUGCCUUUUCAGGAUGGUGCUUGGAGGAGCUUGCUGAGAUUGUUCAACAAAAAAAUGUUAACGGACAUAAAGUAUAUCCAAUUUUCUAUGAUGUGGAUCCAUCCGAUUUAAGAAAACAAAAAGAAAAAGUUGAAGAAGCCUUCGCCAAACAUGAAGAGAGGUACAAGGAAGAAAAAGACAGGAUCCAAAAGUGGCGAAAUGCUUUGACUCAAGUAGCUAACAUCAAAGGAUGGCAUUUACAUAAUAGGCAUGAAUCAGAGUUUAUCAGAGACAUUGUUAAGAAGAUAUCAGCAAAAUUAUGUCAGACAUAUCCAAUUGUUCAAGAUGAGUUGGUUGGAAUUAGCUUACGUUUGGAGGAGUUGUAUUCGAAAAUAAACAUUGGGGAAGACGAUGUACGCAUUAUAGGAAUUUGCGGAAUGGGUGGCAUCGGUAAAACAACUCUUGCAAGGAUUGUUUACACUCAAAUGUCAGCUCAUUUUGAAGGUAAAAGUUUUGUUGCUGAUAUUCGAGAAGUUUCAAAUAAAUGUGGACUUGUUCCUUUACAGAAACAACUUCUUUCUCAAAUUUUGCCAGAUAAAUGCUUCAAUUUUUUCAAUGUUCAUGAAGGGAAUGCCAUAAUUAGCCACAGGUUGUCUAGCAAAAAGGUUCUUGUCGUUCUUGAUGAUGUUGAUAACGUACAACACUUAAAAUGCUUGGUUGGAAAGCGUGAUUGGUUCAGUUUAGGGAGUAGGAUCAUUGUAACAACAAGAGAUGAACAUUUGCUCCGAUCUUAUCGAAUUGAUGAUGUGUAUAAGCCUAGAACAUUGAAUCCUAUCAACGCGCUUAGGCUUUUCAAUUUGAAAGCUUUUGAUAGUGAUACAGUGCCGAAAUAUGAUUUCAUUGAGCUUUCUAAACAUAUUGUACAUUAUGUUGAUGGGCUUCCCUUAGCUCUUGAAGUUUUGGGUUCAUUUUUGUACGGUAGAGAUAUAAUGCAGUGGAGAAGUGCAAUCGAAAGACUUAAACAAGAAUCUAACAAAGAAAUUCUUAAGACACUAAGAAUUAGCUUUGAUGGAUUGGAAGAAAAGGAGAAGAAUAUAUUUUUAGAUAUAGCAUGCUUUUUCAAUCGGGAGAAGAAAGAUUUGGUAAUGAAAGUUGUGAAAAAUAAAAUAGAAUAAAAUAAAUAAAAAUAAAGAACACAUAAAUUUUACGUGGAAA